GGCCUGGGCACCCCGGGCUCCGGAGGCCAUGCCGGCGUGGGCGCGCCGCGGCGGCCGGCUCCCGCUGCUCGUUGUUUUCUCAGCUGUGAUAUUUGGGGCUAUUGCCAAUCAGGAGCUGCCUGUGAUCAAGUGUGUUUUAAUCAAUCAUAAGGACAAUGAUUCAUCAGUGGGGAAGUCAUCACCAUAUCCCACGGUGUCAGAAUCCCCGGAAGACCUCGGGUGUGCGCGGAGACCGGAGAGCGCAGGCGCUGUGUACGAAGCCGCCGCGGUGGAAGUAGACGUGGCUGCGUCCAUCACGCUGCGAGUGCUGCUUAGCACGCCGGGGAACAUCUCCUGUCUCUGGGUCUUCAAGGACAGCGCACUGAAUUGCCAGCCGCACUUUGAUUUACAGAACAGAGGAGUUGUUUCCAUGGUCAUUUUGAAAAUGACAGAAACCCAAGCUGGAGAAUACCUACUUUUUAUUCAGAGCGAAGCUACCAAUUACACAAUAUUGUUUACAGUGAGUAUAAGAAAUACAUUGUUUUACACAUUAAGAAGACCUUACUUCAGAAAGAUGGAAAAUCAGGACGCCUUGGUAUGCAUCUCUGAGAGCGUUCCCGAGCCAGUUGUGGAGUGGGUGCUUUGUGAUUCGCAAGGUGAAAGCUGUAAAGAAGAAAGUGCAGCCGUUGUUAAAAAGGAGGAAAAGGUACUGCACGAAUUGUUUGGAACUGACAUAAGGUGCUGUGCGAGAAAUGAACUGGGCAGGAAAUGCACCAAGCUGUUCACCAUAGAUCUGAAUCAGACUCCUCAGACCACGCUGCCUCAGCUGUUUCUGAAAGUAGGCGAGCCCCUGUGGAUACGGUGCAAAGCUGUUCACGUGAACCACGGGUUCGGGCUCACGUGGGAACUGGAAAACAGAGCCCUGGAGGAGGGCAGCUACUUCGAGAUGAGCACGUAUUCCACAAACAGGACUAUGAUUCGGAUUCUGUUGGCGUUUGUGUCGUCGGUGGGAAGGGACGAUGCAGGCUACUACACCUGCUCCUCAUCCCAGCACGCCAGUCAGUCAGCACUGGUCACCAUUCUAGAAAAGGGGUUUAUAAACGCUACCAAUUCAAGUGAAGAUUAUGAGAUUGACCAAUACGAAGAGUUCUGUUUUUCGGUGAGGUUUCAAGCAUACCCACAAAUCAGAUGCACCUGGACCUUCUCUCAAAAAUCUUUUCCUUGUGAACAACGAGGUCUUGAGGAUGGAUACAGCGUAUCCAAGUUUUGCAACCAUAAACACCAGCCAGGAGAGUAUAUAUUCCAUGCAGAAAACGACGAUGCGCAAUUCACCAAAAUGUUCACGCUGCAUAUACGAAGGAAACCUCAAGUGCUGGCUGAAGCAUCAGCAAGUCAGGCCUCUUGUUCGUCGGACGGCUACCCGUUACCAUCUUGGACCUGGAGGAAGUGUUCAGAUCAGUCUCCCAACUGCACAGAAGAAAUCACGGAAGGAGUGUGGAAUAAAAAGGCCAACAGGAAGGUGUUUGGGCAGUGGAUAUCGAGCAGUACACUGAACAUGAGCGAGGCCAUCAAAGGGUUCUUGGUCAAGUGCUGUGCGUACAACUCCGUGGGCACGUCGUGUGAAACCAUCCUCUUAAACUCGCCAGGCCCCUUCCCGUUCAUCCAAGACAAUAUCUCAUUCUAUGCGACAAUUGGGCUUUGUCUUCCCUUCAUUGCUGUUUUAACCAUGCUGCUUUGUCACAAGUACAAAAAGCAAUUUCGGUAUGAAAGCCAGCUGCAAAUGGUCCAGGUGACCGGCUCCUCCGAUAACGAGUACUUCUACAUUGAUUUCAGAGAAUACGAGUAUGAUCUCAAAUGGGAGUUCCCAAGAGAAAAUUUAGAGUUUGGGAAGGUCCUAGGAUCAGGGGCUUUUGGAAAGGUGAUGAAUGCAACAGCUUAUGGAAUUAGUAAGACAGGCGUCUCCAUCCAGGUUGCAGUGAAAAUGUUGAAAGAAAAAGCGGACAGUUCUGAAAGAGAGGCGCUCAUGUCCGAGCUCAAAAUGAUGACUCACCUGGGGAGCCACGAGAACAUUGUGAACCUGCUGGGGGCGUGCACGCUGUCAGGACCAAUUUACUUGAUUUUUGAAUAUUGUUGCUAUGGUGAUCUCCUCAACUAUCUAAGAAGUAAAAGAGAAAAAUUUCACAGGACGUGGACUGAGAUUUUCAAGGAACACAACUUCAGUUUCUACCCCACUUUCCAGUCGCAUCCAAAUGCCAGUAUGCCUGGUUCAAGAGAAGUUCAGAUACACCAGGAGCUGGACCAGAGCUCGGGGUUGAAUGGGAAUUCAUUUCACUCUGAAGAUGAAAUUGAAUACGAAAACCAAAAAAGGCUGGAAGAGGAGGAGGACUUGAAUGUGCUCACAUUUGAAGAUCUUCUUUGCUUUGCAUAUCAAGUUGCCAAAGGAAUGGAAUUUCUGGAAUUUAAGUCGUGUGUGCACAGGGACCUGGCGGCCCGGAACGUGCUUGUCACCCACGGCAAGCUGGUGAAGAUCUGUGAUUUUGGACUGGCGCGUGACAUCAUGAGCGAUUCCAACUACGUUGUGCGGGGCAACGCGCGUCUGCCCAUCAAAUGGAUGGCUCCGGAGAGCUUGUUUGAAGGCAUCUACACCAUUAAGAGUGACGUCUGGUCCUACGGAAUACUGCUCUGGGAAAUCUUUUCCCUCGGUGUGAAUCCUUACCCUGGAAUUCCGGUGGACGCCAACUUCUAUAAACUCAUUCAGAGUGGAUUUAAGAUGGAUCAGCCUUUUUAUGCCACAGAAGAAAUAUACUUCAUCAUGCAGUCCUGCUGGGCUUUUGACUCCAGGAAGCGGCCGUCCUUCCCGAACCUGACUUCGUUUUUAGGGUGUCAGCUGGCAGACGCGGAGGAAGCGAUGUACCAGAACAUGGAUGGCCAUGCUCCAGAACAUUCUUCCGGCUACCAAAACAGGCGCUCUUUUGGCAGAGAGAUGGGUUCAGAGCUACCCUCGCCACAGGCUCCUGCUGGAGACUCAUAGAGAAACCUGUUCGUCUGAAGGACUUCCCCUGUCCACCUAUCUUAUGCAGGCUAUAGAUGACCAAGACAAGGUUACUUUCAUCACUAAAAGAAAAAUAUAUUAUCAACUGCUGCUUCGCCGGACUUUUCUCUAGAAGCUCUCUGCAUUUACUCUUGUUUUCAAAGGGACUUUUGUAAAAUCGAAGCAUCUGGUGCCCGAGGCAGGCAGAGCCGCUAACUAACUCUCCCGGAGCACCUACCUACACCCCAAGGCUGUCUCUGGCUGGCUUGAGUGAAAGUUGCAUCCCCGGAGUAUACUAUAUUCUUGUAAAUACUUCCACCAAAAGCAUUUUGCUAAGGAGAAGCUAAUAUGAUUUUUUUAAAAAUCCAUGUUUUAAAAUACUAUGUAACUUUUUCAGCUAUUUAGUGAUAUAUUUUAUGGAUGGAAAUAAAAUUU